CUACCUUGGUGGAGCAAGUGGGGACUGAAGUCGUGUGGAGAUACGCUCAGACUGCUGGUGAAACUUUUAGGACUUUAAUAUCCAUGACAUUUAUCAGGGGCUCUGCAGAAAGGAUUCCAGGAAUCUUGCCAUGUUCAAGGCAGUGCUGAAGAAGAACAGAGAUGGAGGCAAGGGGAGCAAGAAGGAUUCAGGUGACGUUCAUAGCCAUAGUGUCCAAAGAAGAUUCCCGACUGAGGGAAACCCCCAGCCCCAGGGACCUGGCAGUGGUCUCCCUAAUGCACAGGAUGAAGUUUUCAGGUUAAGCCUUGCCAAGGGAGUGUCCAUGUCUCUCCCGUCCUCACCUCUGCUGCCUCGGCAGUCCUACAUGAUGCCCUUGCGCAGUAACAAGCGAUCACCAGGUCCAGUUAGGAAGCCCAAAUAUGUAGAGAGCCCUCGCGUGCCUUCUGAUGCCAUCGUGUCAGCUCGGAGGAAAGCGACCGAUAACAAGGAGUCGUCCCACAAUGAUCUGCAAGCGGAGAAACAGCCAAGCUCCUCCUCCCCUGCCACUCAGGAACUGAUGACAAGACUGGGCUUUUUACUGGGAGAAGGGAUCCCGGGUACGGCACGCAUACCUAUGGACGACAAGAAUGAAAAGAAGUGCUCUCUGACUAGCCAGGGCAUCAGCCCCUGCUCCACACUAACAAGCAGCACGGCGUCUCCCAGCACUGACAGCCCAUGUUCCACCCUAAACAGCACCACGAGCCGUCCCCCACUCAGCCGCUCCAGCCCCUGUGGGACCAUCACCAGCCCCAGUUCCACGCUAGAGAGCAAGGACAGUGGGAUCAUAGCCACCAUCACUAGUUCUUCAGAGAAUGAUGACCGCAGCGGCUCCAGCCUGGAGUGGAGUAAAGAUGGCAGCCUAAGAGGCAGCGGUCGCCAUGGCCUGGCACAGAGCGUGCGGGCGGACACCUGCUCUCCUGUGGCCGAAGAAGACUCCAGCAGUGCCACAGCAACACCUGCAGACACCCCAUCCAGGACAGACCAGCAGCACCCUAACGUAUCUGCGGGUGCUUCAGGGCCACCACACCCUCCGAGUCACUCACCUGAGGGACCCAUUGCAUACCCGCCACAGACAUCAGCUUCCCUCAUGAUGCCGAGGCCAAACUCUGUAGCAGCCACCAGUUCCACAAAGCUUGAAGACCUGAGCUUUCUUGAUGAACAGCGCAAUACCCCCCUCCGGACAUCUAUUCGCCUACCCUGGCAUAAUACAGGAGGAAGGCCCCCUCAGGACGCUAAAGCGCGUUUUGCUCCCUACAAACCCGUGGACAUCAUGCUCAAACCUUUGCUGUUCGAGGUUCCCAGCAUCACCACAGAUUCUGUGUUUGUGGGCCGAGAUUGGCUCUUUCAGCAUCUGGAAGAUGUCCUAAAGGCCGGCGAGUCCACAGAGAACCACGGUGCUGUGGUGGUGGGCAGCGUGGGUUAUGGGAAGACGGCCAUCAUCUCCCGACUUGUGGCGCUGAGCUGCCAUGGGGGACGCAUGCGUCAGAUCGCCUCCAACAGUCCCAGCGCCUCCCCGAAAACUGGCCCAGGACAAAGCACAGAACUUCCGCUGAGCCAACCUCCACAGCCCACUCCACCAUCCAGUGCUGCCAACACACUGAGGACCAGUAGUUGCCCAGGAACUCCUGAGAUGCAGCGGCACAGGGAGGAGGCUGUCAAACGCCUGGCUGCAAAGGUGGUGGCUUAUCAUUAUUGCCAGGCAGAUAACACGUACACUUGCUUGGUCCCAGAAUUUGUGCAUAGCAUCGCAGCCCUUCUGUGCAGAGCACAUCAACUGAGUGCGUACCGGGAGCUGUUGCUGAAAGAGCCCCACCUCCAGAGCAUGCUCAGUCUGCGCUCCUGUGUCCAAGACCCCAUGGCUGCUUUCCGGAGAGGAGUCCUGGAACCGUUGGCCAACCUUCGGAAAGAGCGAAGGAUUCCAGAGGAAGAUUACAUAAUCUUAAUAGACGGGCUGAAUGAAGCGGAGUUCCACAAACCAGACUAUGGAGACACCAUUGCAUCCUUCAUCACAAAAAUCAUUGCCAAGUUCCCCUCCUGGCUAAAACUGGUGGUCACUGUUCGAAUCAACUUGGUGGAGAUCACCAGCCUCCUGCCCUUCUCCAAAAUCUCCCUGGAUGACUUUUCUGACAACAAAGAGAUCAGCAAUGACCUCAACGCAUAUAUCCAGUAUCGUAUCAACGGCAGCAAGGACAUCAUGAACAAUAUUAGCCUGAACGGCAAAGCCGAUCCUAUCACAGUCGGCAAGCUAAGUAGCCACCUGAUCUCCCGCAGCCAAGGGUCCUACCUGUAUCUCAAACUCACCCUGGAUCUGUUUGAAAGAGGCCACCUCGUGAUCAAAAGUGCCAGUUACAAAGUCGUGCCUGUUUCACUGGCAGAACUGUACCAGUUACAGUGUAACAUGAAAUUCAUGACCAAUUCAGCCUUUGAGCGCUCACUGCCGAUCCUCAACGUAUCGCUCGCCUCGCUGCACCCCCUGACUGACGAGCAGCUGUUCAACGCCAUCAACGCGGGGUUCGUCCAGGGGGAGCUACAGUGGGAGGACUUUCAGCAACGCAUGGAGCUGCUCUCGUGCUUUCUCAUCAAACGGAGGGACAAGACGCGCAUGUUUUGUCACCCUUCCUUCAGAGAGUGGCUGGUGUGGAGAGCUGAUGGAGAGAGCACGGACUUCCUUUGUGACCCCAGGAGCGGUCACGCUCUCAUGGCUUUCAUGUUAUCGCGCCAAGAGGGGAAACUGAAUCGGCAGCAGACAAUGGAGCUGGGACACCACAUACUCAAAGCACACAUCUUCAAGGGUCUGAGCAAGAAGACAGGCGUGUCAUCCAGUGUCCUUCAGGCUCUGUGGAUAAACUGCAGCACUGACGGCCUUUCUGCAGCCCUGGCCUCCCUGAGGAACCUCUACACACCUAAUGUCAAGGUAAGCCUUUCUUCAGGUUUGCUCCUGCACAACAAAGGACUUUUAAGUCGACCUAAGAUGAUUUGUUUUAAUUUUUACAUGGUCUUACUGAGGUAAUGCAAAUUGAAACAUGCAUUCUUUUUUUUUGGUAAUGUGCUGGAAAAGCUUGAAAAUGGACCUUGAAAGUGCAUAAAAAUUACUUAAAUUUGAAAAAUGCGUAUGAACCCUGCAUACGGUACAUUUACCUCACAGGUUUUUGCUGUUUCUGUUUAUUAAAACCAAGAAUCUUGUUUUUGCCAGGUUGAUCAUGUAGAUAAGAGUGGCCAGUGUGCUCUGGUCCAUGCUGCCCUACGAGGACACCUUGAGAUUAUCCAGUACCUGCUGGAGCUAGAAUGGAGUGCUGAGGGGCAGCAGCAGGACUGCUCUCUGAAGAGCAAAGCUCUGCAGCAGGCUUUGAUUGCAGCCUCGAGCAUGGGGCACACACAGGUUGUGAGAGGCUUGCUGGCGUUGAAUAAUGAGCACGCUGUGCAAAUUGAUAGUCAUGACACACUGUGGGGAGAGACAGCCUUGACGGCUGCAGCCGGCCGUGGCAAGAUGGAGGUAUGCAGCUUUCUGUUGGAGCAGGGGGCGGUGGUGCAGCAGGUCAACAGGCGGGGGGUGUCUCCUCUCUUCUGCGCGGUCAGACAGGGACACUGGCAGAUUGCAGAGCUGCUGCUACAGAAUGGUGCUGACAUUAACAUCAGUGACAAGCAGGGCAGGACCCUGCUCAUGGUGGCCGCUUGUGAGGGUCACCUGAGUACUGUGGAGUUUCUGCUUUCUAAAGGUGCAUCUUUAACGUCGAUGGACAAGGAGGGACUGACGCCCCUGAGCUGGGCAUGUUUAAAAGGACAUAAGAAUGUGGUGCAGUUUUUGGUAGAGAAGGGUGCGGUCAUCGACCACACGGACAAAAACGGACGAACUCCACUGGACCUCGCUGCCUUCUAUGGAGACGCAGAGAUUGUCCAGUAUUUGGUGGAAAGAGGAGCAGUGAUAGAGCAUGUGGACCACAGUGGGAUGAGGCCUCUGGACCGGGCCAUAGGUUGUAGGAACACGUCGGUGGUGGUGACUCUAUUAAAGAAAGGAGCAAAGCUGGGGAACGCUGCUUGGGCCAUGGCUACUUCAAAGCCUGACAUCCUCAUCAUCCUCCUUCAGAAGCUGAUGGAGGAAGGAAACCUGCUUUACAAGAAAGGGAAGAUGAAAGAGGCAGCCCAGAGGUACCAGUACGCCCUGAGGAAGUUUCCCAGAGAAGGCUUCGGUGAUGAACUGAAGGCAUUUAAAGACCUGAGGGUCUCCCUGUACCUCAAUCUCUCCCGCUGUCGCAGGAAAACCAAUGAUUUUGGGAUGGCUGAGGAGUUUGCAACAAAAGCACUGGAGCUGAAACCCAAAUCCUAUGAGGCCUACUAUGCCCGUGCCAGAGCUAAAAGAAGCAGCAGGCAGUUUACAGCAGCCUUAGCUGACUUACAUGAAGCAGCCAAGCUGUGUCCCAAUAACCGGGAAAUCCGCCGUCUGCUGGCUCGAGUGGAGGACGAAUGUAAACAGAUGCAGCGAACUCAGACCAAAGGAGGCCUCGGUGGGGCUGCAGCUGCAUCCAGCCAGGCAUCAGGAGGCCAUGAGUCUGACCAGGAGCAAGACGAAGGGCAGGACGACCCCUCAGAGCACAGCCUUGCUAGGAGUGUAGAAGGCCAAAGAGAUAUUCUUGAAGAGGAGGAAGAGGAGGAUGCCGCCAUGCAGCAUGACAGGACAAGUGAAGCCUGCUGGUCCCAGAGCAGUUACUCUUUUAACAAAGUCUUACCCUCUGAGUCAGCGGCCGCCAGCAUCAGUGUGGGACACCAGAAUCAGAGUCUGAGCCCCAGCUCACCCCCAGGCCCCAGCAGGCUUCCUCCUCACAGGUACCCUCGUGAGCAUCGGGAUGCCCUGCCUCAACAGGGGCUGGUUCUGCAGCCAACCAAGCAAGCCCAAAUUGUCAAGACCAAUCAGCACAUGAGUUCCAUGCAGACCGGGGGAGGAGCCGUGGGGGGUCGCUCGGCAGGGCCCAAAUCUCAGUACGCUCCCUCCAGUCCGUUACCCAGCCGACACAUGUCCAGCAUGCUGAAGCCGGGCCCAGGUAUCGACAUCGGCCCUCUGCCCCCCCCAGCUGACGAGCCCAUGUAUGGGAACCGCAUGUUGCUGGCAGCUGCCUCCUCUUCCAUAGGUCACAGUUGUGAAAGUGAGAGUCUCCACUCCUCUCAAGCCUCUUACUCAUCCUGCAGCAACUCUAAAGGUCUGGGCCAAGACAGGCUGUCUGCCCACUCCGCAUCGUCCUUGGAUGGCUUGGCCUGCUCUGGUCCUGGAUUCCAGGGGAAUCACUCUGAGUCUGGAAAGGAAGGGAUGUGUGCUGCAGCGGGAUCCCAGGGAGGCGGCGGCGGCAGCAGCAGCAUGCGUGUGUCUAGUUCCACAAGCAGCCUGGCAUCAAGCAGCAGCCUGUCAGACAGCGGCAAGCUAGGUCCUGACGUUCGCACCAAGAUCACUGACAAAACAAAGCACAGCCAACAGGGCAGCGCCGCAGCCGAGUACAAACCCAGGCCCUUCAUGGGCAUAACCGACAAGACGGCCCGCUUUCAGCAGCAGCAGCAGCAGCAGAUUCAACAGCAGCAGCACCACGGCUUGCAGAGUCACCCGAGCCUGCAGUCUAUCGGUCGCAGCUGGCUGAACCACUCCUCCGACGGCCUCGUGUGUCACAACAUGUCGACAAUGGGCCUGCAGUCUGUCGACGGCAAAACGGCGGGCUCAUACCAGGAGCAGCACAAACCUCCACCACCUCAGGGUGGUAUGGCGAUGAGUAGCUUACAAAAUGGCAUGCAUGCCAAGGAAUUUGCAGAGAAGUUCUGCCAAGCUGCCAACUGUUACAAAGAGUCCAAGCCAGCACUGGCUAUGCCACACACGUUAAUGGACAGUAAGCCUAAGCAGCCUGGCCUAGCUCGAGAUAAUCCUGCCAUUCACGUAGCUUCAAUGAAACCAAAGCGAUCAUUUAUAGAGUCGAAUGUGUAGACACGCGUCUUUUAUCUCUCUUACAGUCCUUAACGCACACGCGCACAGACACAAGGAAAAAUCGAAAGUGAGAGGGACUUGUUUCAUAUUUUUUAACCAACCCCAGAGUGCAGUCUGACGUUGAGUCUUAUAAGGAGUACAGUUUGCAAGCUGUUUGUUUUCCCGGGAAUUCAGGCACCAAGCAGCGUGCAGAAGGCUCCAAAUUUUUACUCGUUCCAAUCUGCCGCUUCUGGCUGUCAGCUUUUGUUACAUGACAUGUCCGUCGUCGUUCAGCCAGGCUGGAGACAAAGCACUGAAGGAAGUAUCCAGACAUGUACUCUACAGUCCUGAUCAACAAAACGGUGGCAAUGAGCACUUUACACAGUUAGCAAGUGCUUAAACAACAUAUUCAGUUUCAGCUUAAUGUUAUUACAGAAUAAUUCAUUUACGUCCAUGGUGCUGAGAGCAAAGAAAUUCGGUCUCUUUAAAAAUGAUUGAGAACCCUUUGUUUUCUGCACACUUUGCUGCAAUUGCUUUUAAUUCAAUUUGAAUAAAAUUGUCAUUUUACACUCAGUAGCCCAAAAAUGAUAAAGUGCAAACACAUUUGCUGAGUUCUUUGUAAUUUCAUUGAAAAUCAGACACCGAAGCCUCUCAUUCAUCUGUUUAAAUUUGCAAAAGAGCAAAGUGUGCACAAAAUAAAUGGAUGUGAAGGAAGACGUAGUCCCCGGUGAAACGUUCAGAGGGUUUAAGGGACGGGCAUUCCUGUGUUUUACGAAGGACGUUAUAGAUCCUCAUGUUGUGUAUAUUAUAUAAAUAUGUACUUUUCCUUCUUUUCAGUGAAGGUCCAUGUUAAGUGUAUUGACAAGUUCCGACUUGUGUAUCUCGAGUUUUAGGCACAAUGUUGUUCAAAUGGUGUUAAAGGUUCUAAAACAAAAAAGCAUUUGUUAAAUAUGUUUGUACAUUAUAUAAAAUCACCAUUAACACUGAAUUGAAUUCCUUUCUGUAUCUGCUUGUUGUUGCUGUCUAGUUUAAUUUAUUUACAGCGCCAAUGGCUUGGUUAAUUGUAAAAGCAAUAUAUUUUAUAUAGUUAUUUUUGCACAGCUACUAAGACAUUUUAUGAUUCUCAGUGUUGAGAUUUAAGUGCAUGCUUCAAUUGCAGUUUAUAUUACAGAGUGGAAAAAAGUCUAUAAAAGCAGGAAAAUGGUUUGGGGACUCAGUGCCAUCAGUUCUAUUUUAUUAUGUACAUUAAAUGCAAUUGUUGCCAUGUUUUCAGUAUUGUGAGCUUUAUUAGCUGUGAUCACAUACUGUAAUUGAACAUUUUUGCCAUAGCUACCAUGGGAGAGAGAAAUAAAGACCCACUGAGGAAA